AUGUCGCUGCAAAGUCUCUUCGCCCGCCGCGCCGUCUCCUCAGCGGCCGGAGGCGCCCUGCGUGCCCUCGCGUGCCCGCAAAGACAGGCUGCGCGCGCCGUUGCCGCUGGCCUCUACGACAGCAACUCACGCAUGCUCCACACGUCCAGCGCCCGCUCGGCUGGCGUGAAGAUCUCUCCGUCCGAAAUGUCAAAGCUCCUCGAGGAGAGAAUUGCGGGUUGGAAGGCGCAGACUGCCACGGAGGAGGUCGGCCGCGUUGUCUCCGUGGGAGACGGUAUCGCGCGUCUCUUUGGGCUCGAGGGCGUCCAGGCCGGUGAGCUGGUAGAGUUCCAGAAUGGAAUGACCGGCAUGGCGCUGAAUCUCGAAACCGACAACGUCGGUGUUGUCAUUUUCGGUGACGACAGAUCUGUCAUCGAGGGCGACAGCGUGAAGCGCACAGGGCGCAUCGUGGAUGUGCCCAUCGGCCCUGGCCUGCUCGGCCGCGUCGUGGACGCUCUCGGCAACCCCAUCGACGGCAAGGGGCCGAUCGCCGCCAAGGAGCGCCGCCGUGUGGAGCUGAAGGCCCCGGGCAUCAUUCCUCGCAAGAGUGUCCACGAGCCCAUGAUGACGGGUCUGAAGUGUGUGGAUGCGCUUGUCCCUGUCGGCCGCGGCCAGCGUGAGCUCAUCAUCGGAGAUCGCCAGACCGGCAAAACCGCCGUCGCGAUCGACGCCAUCAUCAACCAGAAAGAGAUCAACGACAGCACGGACGACGAGUCCAAGAAGCUCUACUGCAUCUACGUCGCCGUUGGCCAGAAGCGCUCGACUGUGGCUCAAAUCGUGAAGGCCCUCGAACAGCGCGAUGCGAUGAAGUACACCACUGUCGUCGCCGCGACGGCCAGCGAGGCUGCGCCUCUGCAGUUCCUUGCUCCCUACAGCGGAUGUGCCAUGGGCGAGUGGUUCCGCGACAGCGGCCGCCACUGCGUGAUCAUCUACGACGAUCUUUCCAAGCAGGCGACGGCGUACCGUCAGAUGUCGCUGCUGCUGCGUCGUCCUCCUGGGCGUGAAGCGUACCCUGGUGACGUUUUCUACCUCCAUUCGCGUCUUUUGGAGCGCGCGGCCAAGAUGGGCGACCUCAGCGGCGGCGGCAGCUUGACCGCUCUACCUGUCAUCGAGACUCAGGCCGGAGAUGUGUCGGCUUACAUUCCGACCAACGUGAUUUCCAUCACUGACGGUCAGAUUUUCUUGGAGACUGAGCUCUUUUACAAGGGUAUUCGCCCGGCGAUUAACGUCGGUCUCUCCGUCAGCCGUGUCGGCUCCGCUGCUCAGGUCAAGGCCAUGAAGCAGGUCGCCGGUACGAUGAAGCUCGAGCUGGCGCAGUACCGUGAAGUUGCGGCCUUCGCGCAGUUUGGCAGCGACCUCGACGCGUCCACUCGCCAGCUGCUCACUCGCGGCACCGCGCUCACCGAGCUCCUCAAGCAGCGCCAGUACUCGCCCAUGAAGAACUCCAUCCAGGUUUGCGUCCUGUACUGCGGAGUGAAGGGCUACCUGGACUCGCUGGACCCGAAGGAGAUCUCUCGCUUCGAGUCUCUCUUCAUCGACCACAUCAACAACAACCACCAAGACAUCCUGAAGACCAUUGAAACCGAGAAGGAGCUUAGCGAGAAGACCGAGGCAAAGCUGAAAGCAGCGGUUGACGAGUUCGUGGCUGCGAAUGAGUUCAAGAGAAAAUAG